CCCUACUCUAACUACUUGUCGUGACAAAUUGGAGGGAAACCAAGCUUCUCUGCCGCUAGCAUUUUCAGGGCAUCGGGCUGAAGAAGAGUGACGAUCGGGGAAAUCAGCUUAUGCCAAGUUCUCUGUCUAUUAUACCUCCCUCGGCCUUCGGCUAAGAUGUCAAGUGAAGUUCUCCGUUACUCACCUUCGUCCUCGCCGCGCCCAUUUCAUUAUAUUUCAGUGGAGACGGAGUUCUCUGCCAAGCUGUCCGUGGAUUCUGCGCAAAGAAUUCUUUGGGAUGAACCGGUUGAAGCAAAUUCAUGCUAAUACCCUGAGGAAAGGCAUUGACCAGGGAGCCCUGAUCGGUGAACUCCUUCAAGUACUCAACAUUCUUUACGCCCGGAAGGUGUUCGACCAAAUUCCCAAACCACACGUUUUCCUCUACAACAAGCUCAUUCAAGCUUACUCUUCCCACAAGCAACCCCACAGAUGCCUUCAUUUAUUCUCUCAAAUGUGCCGCACGCGUUGCAGGCCAAAUGAACACACUUUCACUUUCCUUUUUGCAUCCUGUGCUUCCUUUUCUUCUCACAUCGGCGGUCAAGUUGUACAUGGCUGCUUCGUGAAAUCUGGGUUUGCCUCUGAUUUCAUUGCCUCCACUGCUUUAGUUGAUGCGUAUGCAAAGUUGAGAUCGAUAGGAUCUGCACGCCGACUGUUCGAUGAAAUGCCUGUGAGAGACAUUCCCACUUGGAAUUCUCUGAUUGCAGGGUAUGGGAGGUGUGGGGACAUGAAUGCAGCGCUGGAGAUUUUUAAAUCGAUGCCUCGAAAGAGUGUGGUGUCCUGGACUGCCAUGAUAUCUGGGUACUCUCAGAAUGGAUUGUACUCCAAUGCAUUGGAAUUCUUUUUGAAGAUGGAGGAGGAGGAGGAUGUGAAACCAAAUGAAGUAACUAUUGCCAGUGUACUACCCGCUUGUGCAAAUCUAGGAGCUCUAGAAGUUGGGGAGAGAAUUGAUGCUUAUGCUAGGGCAAAUGGGUUGUUCAAAAACUCGUAUGUCAGCAAUGCUUUGUUGGAGAUGUACUCAAAGUGUGGUAAAAUUAGUAUAGCAAGGGAUUUGUUUCAUGAAAUGGGGAAGAGGAGAAAUCUCUGUUCCUGGAACUCAAUGAUCAUGGGCUUGGCCGUCCAUGGUAGUAGCAAUGAAGUUCUUGGGCUUUAUGAUGAAAUGCUGCAGAAAGAAGGAACUGCUGCACCUGAUGAUGUGACAUUUGUCGGACUUCUACUCGCCUGCACUCAUGGAGGCAGAGUUGCUAGAGGCAGGCAACUCUUUCAGUCAAUGGAGAUGGAUUUUGGCAUCUCCCCCAAAUUGGAACAUUACGGCUGUAUGGUUGAUCUCCUCGGCCGUGCUGGAGAGUUGAAAGAAGCUUAUGAUCUCGUCAAGCGAAUGCCUAUGAAACCAGAUUCUGUAAUAUGGGGAGCACUUCUAGGUGCUUGCAGUUUUCAUAACAAGAACGUCGAGCUGGCAGAAGUAUCCGCUGAAGCUCUCUUCGAACUUGAGCCAUGGAACCCAGGUAACUACGUUAUUCUCUCCAACAUUUAUGCAUCAGCAGGGCGCUGGGAUGGGGUAGCGAAGCUCAGAAAGCUUAUGAAAGGUGGUCAAAUCACAAAAGCAGCAGGGUAUAGUUUCAUCGAAGUAACAGGCAGAGUUCACAAGUUUUUGGUUGAAGAUGCAUCACAUCCUACAAGUGAUGAGAUAUACAGUAUUCUGAAGGCAAUUUAUUCCGCGAUGGAAAAACAUAAGGAUGCGUGUGAUUUUGUUUCUGAACUUGAAGAGUUAUGCUCAAUGGAAUAGUCUUUAUUACAAACUCAUCAACUGUUUUUUUUUAAUAUUAAUUAUUACGCUAACAUUUCCC